UCCAACUCCACAACCUCAUAGUCUUUCACUAGCAACAAUGAAGAGCUUCAUGGAACCCCGACUGUGGGUUCUGGUGGCUCUCGUCACCACCCUCGCUGCUACGACAAAUGCCGACUCCACAUGGAAGCCCGACUUGCCACUUCCACAUCUUCCUUAUCUUUACAGCUCACCGCCCCCGCCACUUUACAAGUAUGAAUCCCCUCCUCCACCGCCUUACAAGUACAAAUCACCACCGCCGCCACCUUACAAAUACGAAUCGCCUCCACCACCGCCGUACAAGUACGAAUCGCCUCCACCCCCACCCUACAAAUACGAAUCACCACCACCACCUCCAUACAAGUAUGAGUCUCCACCACCACCUCCAUACAAGUACGAAUCUCCACCACCACCACCCUAUAAAUACAAAUCACCACCACCGCCACCUUACAAGUAUGAAUCACCUCCACCUCCGCCAUACAAAUAUGAAUCUCCACCACCACCUUACAUGUACAAGUCACCUCCACCACCACCAUACAAAUAUGAAUCUCCACCACCACCACCUUACAAGUAUGAAUCACCUCCACCACCACCAUACAAAUAUAAGUCUCCACCACCUCCUCCUUAUGUGUACAAAUCUCCCCCACCACCGCCUUACAAGUACGAAUCACCUCCGCCACCACCCUACAAAUAUAAGUCACCACCACCACCUCCUUACAAGUACGAGUCACCUCCACCACCACCAUACAAAUACGAAUCUCCACCACCACCUCCAUACGUUUACAAGUCUCCACCACCACCACCAUACAAGUAUGAAUCACCUCCGCCUCCACCCUACAUGUACAAAUCUCCACCACCACCACCUUACAAAUACGAGUCACCUCCACCACCACCAUACAAAUACGAAUCUCCACCACCACCUCCAUAUGUUUACAAGUCUCCACCACCACCACCGUACAAGUAUGAAUCACCUCCGCCUCCACCCUACAAGUACAAGUCUCCACCACCACCACCUUACAAGUACGAGUCACCUCCACCACCGUCAUACAAAUAUGAAUCUCCACCACCACCUCCAUAUGUUUACAAGUCUCCACCACCACCCCCUUACAAGUAUGAAUCACCUCCACCUCCACCCUACAAGUACAAGUCUCCACCACCACCGCCAUACAAGUACGAGUCACCUCCACCACCACCAUACAAGUAUGAAUCUCCACCACCACCUCCAUAUGUGUACAUGUCUCCACCACCACCCCCUUACAAGUAUGAAUCACCUCCACCACCACCAUACAAAUAUGAGUCACCACCACCUCCUCCUUAUGUGUACAAGUCCCCCCCACCACCACCCUACAAAUACGAGUCACCACCACCACCACCGUACGUCUACAAGUCUCCACCACCACCACCUUACAAGUACGAGUCACCACCACCACCACCGUACGUCUACAAGUCUCCACCACCACCACCUUACAAGUACGAGUCACCCCCACCUCCUCCAUAUCUAUACAAAUCCCCACCACCACCCCCUUACAAAUAUGAAUCACCUCCACCUCCACCUUACAAAUACGAGUCACCACCACCUCCCCCAUAUCUUUACAAGUCUCCUCCACCACCACCCUACAAAUAUGAAUCACCUCCCCCACCACCUUACAAGUAUGAGUCACCUCCACCACCACCCUACAAAUACAAGUCACCUCCACCUCCUCCUUACGUUUACAAAUCUCCACCACCGCCACCAUACAAAUAUGAGUCUCCACCACCUCUUCCUUACCAAUACAAAUCUUCACCAACACCACCUCACAAUAAUGACUGUCCACCACCAGCAUCUCCACCAAUCAAGUACUAAUCACCCCACUCCCUUCAUACAUCUCCUCAUCCACCAUGAUCCAGUUUGUUAUUAUAUCCCUUCACCUCCUUCAGAUUAUUUAUUUACCAAAACCACCAUCAUUAUCCCAUUCAAACAAACCGUGGUUCUUUUUUUGUUUGCUCCAUCAUUAAAAUUGUUGAAAAUAAAGGUCUCGCCUCUCUUCGAGUAUCCCUAAUUCUCAUAAUCCUACCAAGAAGGAGUUGCGGAAAAAAAAGAGACGGAUGAUCGAUGCUUUCCAAUCUUUCUCUUUAAUCUUAAUUGUAACCUAUGUUUGUUCAUGUACUUAUAUAUUUAAUGGAUUUUUUUAUAUCAA